UUACCUGUCUAGGGUUUUCAGCAGAACCAAAGGAGCAGAGCAACGGUAUCGGUCGUCGGUAGCCAUGGUUCUCAAGACUGAACUCUGUCGCUUUAGUGGUGCAAAGAUAUACCCUGGUAAGGGUAUCAGAUUUGUUAGAUCUGAUUCACAGGUAUUUCUAUUUGCCAAUUCAAAAUGCAAGAGAUACUUUCACAACCGACUUAAGCCUUCAAAGCUUACCUGGACGGCUAUGUAUAGAAAGCAACAUAAGAAGGACAUAGCUGCGGAGGCUGUGAAGAAGAGGCGCCGUGCCACCAAGAAGCCGUUCUCCAGAUCCAUAGUUGGUACUACCUUGGAGGCGAUACAGAAGAGGAGAACUGAAAAACCAGAAGUUCGAGAUGCUGCUAGGGAGGCUGCUCUUCGUGAAAUUAAGGAGAGGGUCAAGAAAACCAAGGACGAGAAGAAAGCAAAGAAAGCAGAAGUGAUGGCCAAAACUCAGAAGUCUCAGAGCAAGGGUAAUGCAGGCAGGGCUGCCGCACCAAAGGGCCCCAAACUAGGAGGUGGUGGUGGAAAACGCUGAGCUACCAGCUCUGGAUAGGUAAAAGCUAGGAAGUUGUCCUUUUGGAAGAUACUGUAGUGAAUUUUAAUCAUUUUUUUUUAAAUUUUGUGUUGGAUAUAGUUCCAUCUACUUAAUUUUUGAAGUGAACUCGAGGAGUUUUAUACUUUUUAAGUUUCAUUCAUGCUCUUACCUCCUAACCAUUGGUUGAUUGAUGCCAUAUUUCAUUA